CUCUAAUGGCUGAACAACAACAACUGUCGGCGAGCGACAAACUUUCCCAAACUUCCACGCUGACCAAUGAAAGUUGGAAUAGCUAAUUAUAUCGCUUGUGUAACCGUUUGCGCGUGUUUGUCUGGUUUCUCUUGCAAAUUACAAAUGUGGAAUUACUGAUGGAUCCGAGAUAUGACAUUCCGCGGAGGGCCGCCGGUGGCGGCGGGGGCUCCGCGAGCUCGUCCCCCGCUCUGGGGGCUCAGUCGCGCCGCAGGAAGAUGCCUCCCAGGCCCGCUGAUUUUAAACUUCAAAUUAUCAUUAUUGGCUCCCGUGGUGUUGGUAAAACCAGCAUCAUGGAGAGGUUUACCGACGACACUUUCUGCGAAGCUUGCAAGUCGACCGUAGGAGUUGACUUCAAAAUCAAGACAGUGGAGCUGAGAGGGAAGAAGAUCAGACUACAGAUAUGGGACACCGCUGGCCAGGAGAGGUUCAACAGCAUCACAUCAGCCUACUACAGAAGUGCCAAGGGAAUAGUGCUAGUGUACGAUAUCACAAAGCAGGAGACCUUUGACGACCUGCCCAAAUGGAUGAAAAUGAUAGACAAGUACGCCUCAGAGGAAGCAGAGCUUCUCCUGGUCGGGAACAAGCUGGACUGCGAGACUGAUCGUAUCAUCUCCAAACAGCAGGGAGAGAGGUUCGCCUCUCGAAUAAGUGGAAUGCGCUUCUGCGAAGCUAGUGCCAAGGAUAACUUCAAUGUCGACGAGAUCUUCCUGAAGCUUGUGGAUGACAUCCUUAGCAAGAUGCCUCUGGAGGUUCCCAACAAGGAGCUUUCCAACAGUGUCCUGUCUCUGCAGCCUGAACCGGAAGUGCCUCCGGAGUUGCCGCCUCCCCGCAUGCGCUGUUGCUGAGAGUCAGAGUGGUCCCCCAUCACACACCCACACACACACAAACACACACACUCAAACACACACACUCACACUCUCAGCUCACACAUGCAGAGUACCAAUGUGGCCACCAGGGGGCAGCAAACAGCAGCAGUUUGGAGUUACUGCUGAUUUAAGAUGCAUGGACUCUCUUAACAACCAGUAUUGUCUUCUCCUGUUUUGUAACUGUACACAAUGACAUUUACUACACUAACACUUAGGCCUGGUGAAUCACCCACUUCCUACCACCCGUCUGUCUACACUUGACCCCAGACUACCUCAUUCCUUGGACCGUUAGGCUAGCUGUGCCACGCAGGUGCCUUCGAGGUAGAGAGCCCUCUGGAAGCAGUUGCACAUUUACAAGGAGGGGGACUAUUGAGGACUUUACAGCUUGUUCUCUUCCUGUUUCUGUAAAAAAAAAAAAAGUCCUCACACAUACUGUACACUAAGUUUGACAUUGUCUGAGUUGAGUUUCCCUGAUGGUCUGGUAUCUCUGCAUCAUAUAUCUUACAGAAAAGGGAUAACAAUAUCUCACAUCUCUUCAGCUUAGUUUAAAUUCUGGGUCUAGGUACAGUAGUUUUGUAUUCUUAUUAAUAGGUAUUAUUACCAAGUGGCGAGUUGACUUGAGGUAAACAAAAGCACAUGGUGUAAAUGAAGUGUGUUGCUGUAAUGACUGGACAAGGUGCAGAUUUUAGUCGCCAGCACGAGGUGGUUGUGUGGUGAUCAUAUCAGUCUGUAUUCCUUAGCCUUAAGGUAUUAAAGAGGCUGGAAUGGCUCAUUUCACAUUUGUACAAAUUGUAAUGUUUUGCACUACAAUCCAUCUUACCUAGUUAAGCUGACAUGCAGAAAAAAGUGCACAACUUGUAGUUUUUAGUGGUAGUGAAGAUCAAUGUUGCCUCGGUAGUGGCCGCUCUGAGCUCUUCCACACCCUGUUGAAGUGGGACGGUGAUGCAAGGAGAGAUGGGUAAUGUAGUCUUUGAGGGAUUGGUGUUUUCGCAGGGGCAUUCUCCAUGUGUGCUGCUGGCUUUUUAGAGGAAAUAGAGACAUUAAGUAGCAAGUACACACACACACAAACACACGGUUUUAGCCUUUGUUUUGGUUUUGUUACUAAUAUUGCAAAGGGUUUUGUCUUUGAUGUUUUUCCUCUGAAUUCAGAUACGGCUUAGAGAGGAAUGUUUGGUCUCCCUUCCUUGAGGGAAGCGUGCAGGAAGGUUUGUUUCGUAUUUGAAUGACUCAGGAAACUUUAAUUGGCUCAUAUCUGCUACUUUUGACAGGCUUUUACUGCAGAGUUGAUUUGUUUAGAGUUUCAUAGCAAAUAAAUAAACACAUUCAUAAAAAUCCUGCUUGAAUGGGAGGUUUCUGUGUUUUUCAGAGGAGGGCAGCAGUUCUGAAUUUAUGAUUCGGCAGUUUGUUACAGACCAGUAUGGAGAUAUCCCAGAACUUGCACAUUUUCUAAAUAAUUAGGCUAUGCAUGUUAAGCCCUCCUGUCCUGGUAGACAAUAAUAAUCAUCUAAUUCUUCCGUCUUUUUUUGUUCAAUUAAUGCAAUAUUAGCAAUGUAGCACUGUGAGCGUUUGUUUUGUUUUUCCAUGUCGAAGUAAAAGUUUGAGGGUGAGGAAGGACGAGCCCAUUCAAAGGACCUGAUUUAAAAUGACUUAAACUGACACCCUAUCCAUAACUUUCUUUUUUUUUUUGUAAGUUUUAUGUUACCAUCAAGCUUUUGUGGAUUUAAAAUGGCACAUCAUAUAUCCUAACAAACGAAUGGUUUCGUACCAAAAGAAACGUGUUGAAAGUGUGAGACCUUUGCUAACAAAACUGACAGACAUCCAAGCACAUCUUGCAAUAAGAUUAUCAGCCAGCGACGUGCAUACAAACUCUCCAACUUUACUGAAAUAACACUUCUUUUGAUAUUGUUUUUUUUUUUUUUUGGAAUCAAACCUUUCAUUUGUCCCCUUGACUUUUAGCAUUUGGCACUAACCCCUGUGGUCUUUGUUUUAAUAGCCAAGCCUUAUACUACUCAGUGUUUUAAAUAUACAUUUUACAAAAAUGCUUUUAUUUGAAAUGUGUAUCCUUUAAGAUGGAAGACUGUACUUUGUAGUAAACCUGUAAUAAGUCUUUGAAACGUUUUGGCAUGUUUAAAGCAGAUUUGUGGUAUUUAUAACUUGUGGCAUUCUCGAACUAAUGAAAUGCAAUUAAAGAUAUCUAUAUUUAUUACCAGA